AUGGACGCCAUUCACCUGAUUCUCAACUACUUUCAUAGUGAUGACCGAUAUAAUCGGACCACCUUUGGUCUUGACCAAGUUAAAGGAGGUCCAGCCUUCAUUUUCUGGAGAGGCACAGAUGCCAUUCUCUUGGGUGUGUUAAUCAUACUUUACAAAGUGGUUUACAACAUCGAGCCCUUCCAGCGGCAGUUUUACAUUGGUGACUUGCUGAUUUCACAUCCAUUUGCAGAACACGAGCGUGUUACCAAUCACCAGCUUUUCCUCUAUGCGGGAGCAGUGCCUCUUGCAACAAUUGCAGUUGUGUCUCUAGUCAUGACCAAGCCUAGAAACAAAAUCUACGUGACGUACGUUGCACUUCUUGGUGUCUUAAUAUCUGUAUUUGCAACCAGUGUCACUACUGACAUUUUGAAGAACUCAUUUGGACGUCACCGUCCAGAUUUUUUGGCCCGUUGUAUUCCCAGGGUAGACGCACCAACCGAGGUGAUGGUUUACGCUGUAGAUGUGUGUACGACUACAAACAUUCCACGGUUGUUGGAUGGAUUUAGAACAACGCCCCUGGGACACUCCAGUAUCUCGUUUGCUGGGCUCCUCUAUUUACUGUUCUUUUUGGCUGGCCAACUAGCAGCAACAAGACCGCAGGCAGGAGCUUGGAGAAGUAUCAUCGCGUUUGUCCCCACCAUUGGCGCCGCAUUGAUUGCAUUGAGCCGUACCGAAGACUAUAGACAUCACUUCAUUGAUGUUUUCGUGGGUCUGUGUCUUGGAAUCUUUAUUGCGCUGUGGCUGUACUUCCGGUUGUUUCCUGGAUUGGCAUCCCAACGUUGCUACGAGCCACGGAUGCUCAGAGUCGAGCAAGAGAUCGACGAGCUUGAAUAUUCUCCGGUGGAGAACGUGUGA